AUGUCUCCAGGCGAAUAUUGCUUGCGCCAAAGCAGAGAGGCAACCGAGAGCAAAGACCCAAACAAAGAAAAGAUCGAUCUCAUCGAUCACAGGCUUGAUGACAUCACUCGACUCUUGGACGAAAUCAAUAGGAGUAUCCCAGUGUCGAACAGUCAGCCAAUCAAAUCAACAUCUAAACAUCCCAAUCAAACGAAUAAUGUUGGCCAAUCUUUGUCAUCCGGAAAUUGGUCUACGGCCUCCCGUGUGAACAACAUUGGCUCGGAAAUUGAGUGCUCGCUGACUUCCCGACAUGAAUUCGGGAAUGAGUUUCUCCAUAGGGAUUCUGGCAUCAAUCUAGCGACAGAGUCUAACCGCAAUCUCAAAGAGGCAUUAGAGUCGCUUCGCUGUGUCAUCGAAGCAAUGAAACAUGGUCUAUUGAAGCCCCAGGAGUCAUUUCCCGUCGCAAAACAAGUCACUAAACCUUCUUUACAGAAGUGUGAUCUACCACCAAUUGAAGAGGUUGUAGAGCUUAUACGCACCGCAAAAGACAACCACUCGUCAAACCCUCUCAACACAGUUGCGUGGGUUAGCGACUUCUUUCCCCUGGAGUCCUUUUCAUACAUGUGCCUAAGGGUCUACUUUUCUGAAGAUGCCUCGGUGACUGAUCAUAUCAUUGUCCACUAUGGUCUGCUCGAGCUGUUCAUCGAAAAAUCCCAGCUUGAGACGGGAGAUGAAGGUCAAAGUCAGCGGUAUUGUUCCAUGUGUCGUACUAAUCUUGAGUCGGCUCUAGCUGAUUUGCCACUUUAUCUCCCUACAACGAUAGAAAUGGCUACUGCUUUGUUGUUGGGCGCAAUCUACACUAUGCAAAUUCACAAACCGGUUCUAGCAUGGAAUCUAGCCUCCAGGACAUUAGACCUUUGUCGAACGCUUGGCUACCACCGACUGUCCCUUCCACAGAAUGGCAAAGUCUCAGAUGACAUGAAAACAAAACAAUUGUUGUUUUGGAUGGCAUAUCUCAUGGGACAAAAUCUAUCAUUACGUGUUGGUCGUUCGUCGGUCAUCCAAGAUUGGGAGAUCACUACGCCCAUGCCCGCGUUACAUGAGGGCCCCUCAUCUCUGAAUGCAUCAGUAGCACUUUGGAUCGAUACUGCUCGUUGUCAAGGCAAUAUCUAUAAGCGGCUAUACAGCCCUGAAGCCAUGGCUAACCCCCCUCAUGUUCGACAAUCUCGGGUCGAGGCUCUUGCAAAUGAGCUCUAUGACCUCGACAAACGAUCUCGAGAAAUAAGUGACCAGCAUUUACAGCAUGCCAGAGACAAGUACGGCCAAAGAAUGGUCGAAUACCUUACACUUUCUGACGACGUGUCGCGUGCCUCGCUUCUCACUCUUGUUUAUCGGGCCAGCUGCUCAUCUGCGGAUCCUCCAUCCGCAUUGUCUCCCUUAUGUGUUGAAGCAGCCAGGAUGGCGAUGCAACGACACCAUGAUUUCCUCGCGACUUUCAGGGAUAUAAAGCCACAAUAUUUGUCAACUUACGUUCACUGGACACUUAACUAUUCCCCCUUUAUUCCUUUCAUUGUUAUGGCUUGUCAUGUCAUCGAGUCCCGUAAUAAACAAGAUCUUAAGCGGUUACAGGACUACAUAACGUCGAUGGAAUCGAAUCCAGUCCUUGUGGAGGCUGCAGGAAGGAUGCAUCCCCUGUUCAAAGCACUUUAUGAAGUUGCAUUACGCUACGCUGAAUGCUCCCCAGUUUCGCAAGAAGCAACCCACCCGACCCUUGGUCAGCUGGCGAGCUUGAGCCUCCCAUUCUCAGGCCAAGUCAAUCCAUAUGGGUGGGACCUCGGCCUCGGCUUACAGUCUGGACAUGCUGAUGGCAGUAGUGGAGCGUUCGCGCAGGAACAAGAAAGUGUCUAUCCGCCGUUUUUGUCAUACAAUAUUCACGAUUUGGAGUCUUGGCUGGGGGGAAAUGCGCAUAACUCGGAGAUGUUCGACGAUUCUCAUUCCGGGCCAUUUUAG